AUGACCAAGAUCAACACCUGUAUGUACUAUCAAUAGUCAUCUCUGCGAUUCCGCGCAAACAUCAAUUCAAUUGUGCCAAUACUUGAAAGAGAUCGCAAAGCUAAUGAAGACUUUUCCGCAGCCCUCCACUCCUCAAGGAGAAAGUCCCGCAAGGCUCACUUUGAUGCCCCAUCCAGCGUCAGACGUACCAUCAUGAGCGCUCCUUUGAGCAAGGAACUCCGUGAGAAGUACAACGUACGUAUACUUCAUCUGCGAGCUGCAGUUCUAUCUUUCUCAUCUAACUAAUAUUUUCCAGGUCCGCUCCAUCCCAAUCAGAAAGGAUGAUGAGGUCAAAAUCGUUCGUGGCUCCAACGAGGGUUCCGAGGGAAAGGUCACCUCCGUCUACCGUCUCAAAUACGUCAUCCACGUCGAGCGUGUCGUCAAGGAGAAGUCCUCCGGACAAUCCGUUCCCCUCGGUAUCCACCCAUCCAAGGUCAUCAUCACAAAGUUGAAGUUAGACAAGGAUCGUGAGAACAUCCUUGAGCGCAUCAAGACCGGCCGUGAGAUCAAAGAGAAGUUGAAGAGCAAGGCAUAGAUUUGGCAUAAAAAAUUGGGUUGGGAUUGAAUUGGCGUGCUUUCGAACAGCGUUACGUGCAUUAAUCCAUGGCUUCUGCCAGCUGGAUGUGCUAGGCAUAGUCAAAUGAAACAUUAUGGCCAUUUCACAUCCUCCGUGCUUGCACGUCUGGUAUCACUGUGAAAUGCUCCAUGGGAGUCCUCCCGAAGCAAAAAGUGUCAUCGACACUUCUGACAACAUGAUGUUGUGUUGUUGAUUGCUAUACCUGCUUUGGGAGGACUGACCCUCUACUAACUUGCUU